AUGAGACCUAAAUAUAUGCAGGCUCCACAAGGGAAACACGAAAAAAAGAGAGGUGGUAAUUUAUUCAUAUUUAUUGUUUUUUUUAUACUAACCUUUAUAUAUAUAGGGUACACAGGAAUUGUUUUGAGGUCAUGGUUCAUUCCAUAUAGAAGUGGCACGUUUACAAUAGCCGCCGUGUUUCAUGUCUUUUUUUUUUUGUUUUUACUGAGUUUCAUAAAAUGUGCAUCAACGGACCCAGGGAAAGUCCCACGCAACUGGGGUUUUUAUGUGGGAGAUGAUGUAAAAAGAAGAAGAUACUGCAAAAUAUGUAAUGUAUGGAAACCAGACAGGACUCAUCAUUGUUCAGCAUGUAAUAGAUGUGUAUUAAAUAUGGAUCAUCACUGUCCAUGGAUAAAUAAUUGUGUUGGGUUUUUUAAUAGAAGAUUUUUUAUUCAAUUAUUAUUUUAUGGCUUAAUUUGUCUAUUCAUUGUUGCUGUUCAAACUUUUCAUUAUAUUUUCAUUGAUAAUGCUAAUGCAUAUUUAGAUGAUGGGUUUCAUGAAAAGUCAUCUUUUGUAGCUCUUGAAUAUACCUAUGCAUCUAUUGUUUUGUUUUUGACGUUCGUUUUAAUUUUUGCUUUAGUACCAUUUACUAAAUUUCAUUUAAAAUUAAUUUCGAAAAAUUCAACUACUAUUGAAAAUAUGGAUAUAUAUAACCAGGAAUAUAACAUAUACAAUGUAGGAUGUGAAGACAAUGCAAAACAGGUUUUUGGUAACAACAUAUUAUGUUGGAUGUGCCCCUUUCAGUGCAUAUCAAAUAGACCCGCGGGUGAUGGGGUCCGUUGGAGAGUUAGUGUUAUGCACGAAAAUAAUAUUUGA